AUGGAUGGUGGAUCCGAAUACCAUCAUGUACACUAUCCCACCCACAAUCCAAACUUUGCUCAAUCAAGUACCCCCUCGUAUCAUCGUCAACCACACACUAUCCACCCACCUCUUCGCGCUCGCAACAUCCCAACCGUACCCUCCUUACCGGUCCCUCCACCACCACCGCCUCUACACCACCAAUCACACCCGACAGGAAACACAGUCCGCGACCUCCUUCCUUACUGCACUACCGAGCCACCCUUAAACGAAGCCCAAGUCAUUGCUUUGAGCGACGUGGUGGGGAGUCUGAGGGAGCUUGUGCCGUUGGCGCUUGCAGCUGCGGCUGGAGAUGAGAGGAGCGUGAGGAAGCUGGAGAGUGCUGUGGGGAAGCGAGAUGCGGUGGGUGUUGUGGAGUUUUUUGUGGAUGAGUGGGAGGUUGAGGGGUGA